CUCUAUUUUAUCCAAGUCAGAAAAUCUAAAAAAAAGAAUCAAAAAUAAUUUACAGAUUUUUGUGAAAAAGGCAGACAGGAAAAAGAAGGAAAAGACAAAACAUAAAACAGAGGUUUUUACAUAAGAGAGGGUGGAUAGAUACAGAAGAUUUGCUGCUGAGGGCGCCAUAGCUUUUGGAGAGGGCAAGAGCAUUCAAUUUCAAAACCCCAGCAGAAAAUAUGGAAGAUGAUGCUUCAAGGUCAAUGCCAUCUACUCAACAGCAGGAAGCAACUGUUAAGAAAAAGUAUGGAGGAAUUGUGCCUAAGAAACCACCACUGAUCUCCAAGGAUCAUGAGAGGGCAUACUUUGAUUCGGCGGAUUGGGCUCUGGGAAAGCAAGGCGCAGACAAGCCUAAAGGACCUCUUCAGGCACUUCGGCCUAAGCUGCAGCCCACUCAGCAACAAACACGUUAUCGUAAAUCUCCUUGUGCUCCUGCAGAAGGUGAAGGUGAAGGUGAAGGUGAAGGUGAAGAUGGAGAAAAUGCUGCAUCUGAGGAACCAGCUUCCACUUAAAUGCGAGGACACUGCAGCUUUCCAAUAUUGCUCAUUGUUACUCUUGAUCAUUUUUAGAUAAAAGAGUAAUGUUCUGUUGUUUUUGCUUAGAAUAAGACUUCCUUAAUUGACUGAACUGCACAAUCAUGUGCUAAUGCUUCUUCUAUUGUAACAUCUUAUUUCAAUGGGGCUUUUCCUUUUUAUACGCAGUAGAGUAAUUACACGA